GAGCCCAUAUUCCGCCAGCUGUGCUGUCUGAACUGGUUGCUAGAGGCACUGACUCUGGACAGGACUGGGAGAGCUGGACCCGUCACGUCCUGCUGGGAUCUCAAGUAAGUCACAGGUCACAGGUCAGAGGUAAUUUUAUGGACCCCAGGCAGCUUGGGUUGGGUUAGCUGUUGUGUUGUUGCUGGCAGAGGCCAGGACUGAAUCACACAGUCUUGACCAGGGUUGGAGAGUAACUGAUACAUGUAAUCAGUUACAGUGAGGGAAAAAAGUAUUUGAUCCCCUGCUGAUUUUGUACAUUUGCCCACUGACAAAGACAUGAUCAGUCUAUAAUUUUAAUGGUAGGUUUAUUUGAACAGCGAGAGACAGAAUAACAACAACAAAAUCCAGAAAAACACAUGUCAAAAAUGUUAUAAAUUGAUUUGCAUUUUAAUGAGGGAAAUAAGUAUUUGACCCCUCUGCAAAACAUGACUUAGUACUUCAGGCAAAACCCUUGUUGGCAAUCACAGAGGUCAGACGUUUCUUGUAGUUGGCCACCAGGUUUGCACACAUCUCAGGAGGGAUUUUGUUCCACUCCUCUUUGCAGAUCUUCUCCAAGUCAUUAAGGUUUCGAGGCUGAAGUUUGGCAACUCGAAGCUUCAGCUCCCUCCACAGAUUUUCUAUGGGAUUAAGGUCUGGAGACUGGCUAGGCCACUCCAGGACCUUAAUGUGCUUCUUAUUGAGCCACUCCUUUGUUGCCUUGGCCGUGUGUUUUGGGUCAUUUUCAUGCUGGAAUACCCAUCCACGACCCAUUUGCAAUGCCCUGGCUGAGGGAAGGAGGUUCUCACCCAAGAUUUGAUGGUACAUGGCCCCGUCCAUCGUCCCUUUGAUGAGGUGAAGUUGUCCUGUCCCCUUAGCAGAAAAACACCCCCAAAGCAUAAUGUUUCCACCUCCAUAUUUGACGGUGGGGAUGGUGUUCUUGGGGUCAUAGGCAGCAUUCCUCCUCCUCCAAACACAGCGAGUUGAGUUGAUGCCAAAGAGCUCCAUUUUGGUCUCAUCUGACCACAACACUUUCACCCAGUUCUCCUCUGAAUCAUUCAGAUGUUCAUUGGCAAACUUCAGACGGCCCUGUAUAUGUGCUUUCUUGAGCAGGGGGACCUUGCGGGCGCUGCAGGAUUUCAGUCCUUCGCGGCGUAGUGUGUUACCAAUUGUUUCCUUGGUGACUAUUGUCCCAGCUGCCUUGAGAUCAUUGACAAGAUCCUCCCGUGUAGUUCUGGGCUGAUUCCUCACCGUUCUCAUGAUCAUUGCAACUCCACGAGGUGAGAUCUUGCAUGGAGCCCCAGGCCGAGGGAGAUUGACAGUUCUUUUGUGUUUCUUCAUUUGCGAAUAAUUGCACCAACUAUUGUCACCUUCUCACCAAGCUGCUUGGCGAUGGUCUUGUAGCCCAUUCCAGCCUUGUGUAGGUCUACAAUCUUGUCCCUGACAUCCUUGGAGAGCUCUUUGGUCUUGGCCAUGGUGGUGAGUUUGGAAUUGAUUGAUUGAUUGCUUCUGUGGACAGGUGUCUUUUAUACAGGUAACAAGCUGAGAUUAGGAGCAAUCCCUUUAAGAUUGUGCUCCUAAUCUCAACCAGAAAUCUUUCUGAUUGAGAGGGGGUCAAAUACUUAUUUCCCUCAUUAAAAUGCAAAUCAAUUUCUAACAUUUUUGACAUGCGUUUUUCUGGAUUUUGUUGUUGUUAUUCUGUCUCUCACUGUUCAAAUAAACCUACCAUUAACAUUAUAGACUGGUCAUUUUUUUUGUCAGUGGGCAAACUUACAAAAUCAGCAGGGGAUCAAAUACAUUUUUCCCUCACUGUACAUGUAAUCUGAUUACCCAUAAAACUGUGACUGUAAUCGGUUACGUUACCAGCAAAAAUAUUGUAAUCAGAUUACAGAUACUUUUGAAAAACUAGAUGAUUACUUCUUGGCUUACUUUUAAAUUCAGAAAGGAUGUUUGUGAAAAAAUACAUUAUGACACCUUUCUGUUUUCUCAAUGGCAUUUAAUUCCACAUGUAAAAAAAAGGCGCAAGUUUAAGUUUGUUCCACCUCAGCGAGUCUGACCACAAGUCAGAGACCACUGAUGAUACACCAAAUGAUGACCACCAAUCAGAGACCACUAUGAUGACACACCAAAUGAUGACCACCAAUCAGAGACCACUAUGAUGACACACCAAAUGAUGACCACCAAUCAGAGACCACUAUGAUGACACACAAAAUGCAUUUGAUGGAUCCUUUUAGUCUUCUUCUAAUGCCUCUUAAGGGGAAAGUAAUCAAAAAGUAAUCCGAUUACGUUACUGAGUUUGGGUAAUCCAAAAUUACGUUACUGCUUACAAUUUUGGACAGGUAACUAGUAACUGUAACAGAUUACUUUUUGAAAGUAACCUACUCAACCCUGAUGAUGACUAACAUAAUCAUCAGGUCGCAGUUGUAAAUGAGAACUUGUUCUCAACUGGCUUACCUGGUUAAAUAAAGGUGAAAUAAAUAAAAUAAAAUAAAGGGAUUGGCUCGUCAACACCGUGACCUCUUGGCCCCAGCCAGAGUAGAGCAGGGCAGUAUGUUGUGUUUCAGUUCACCAACACAACACACUGCAUCUGUAACAUAUCCCAGUCAGCUACAGAGCCACUGUUCACGUCAGACUGUAGAGACACAGGCUAUGUUACAGUAGCAUACAUGGAAAGAAGGCAUACCCAAACGCGCUUCAGCCCAGUUUAAAUGAAAAAGGGGAAAUCAGGUGCUUGACUGAGGGACUUGAAAAUCCAAAAAACAUUCCUUACCCCAGGAUACUUCAACUGUUGACUAUCCGGGAGAAUAAAGAAAAAGGAGCACUCUGAUUUCAAAAUCAGAUUGAUUGACAGGACAAGUAAACAAUCGGCUUACGUUUCGGCAUGAAUCGUCUUCAUCAGAGCCUUUUUCCUUUUUCUGCUGGAUAGUCACCAGUUGAAGUUUCCUGGGGUAAGGAAUGUUUUUUGGACAGAAGCAUAUCACUUAGAAUGCCCAAAAAACUGUUUAAUUCUACAGUAAGUGCUAUGCUAGUAAGGAAAUUGGAACAGAGGCUCAGAUAUGAGUGUGGUACAUACAGGCAGCCUGGGGCUGAGGCAGACAGACAGUGGUAGAUUAACUAGAAACCAAACCCCCGGGGGGCAGAGCAGAGAGAGGAGAUUGCAUUCCUCCAUCUCCAAGUCCCCUCAGGUUCACUAUAUACCUCCCCUGAUACUGACCCAACACAGGAAGGGAGGAGAGCGAGAGAGAGACAGAGAUUGAGUAGAAAACCCACCCUGUACAGCACCAAGAUACAUAACCAUAACUCAAACCCACUGUCAUAACCAUAUCCAUUCCUUUCACUGACAAUACUAUUACCAUGAUACACAGAGGAUAUAGAUGUCUUCCUCUCUCUCAAUCUCAUUUUCUCUCUCUCGCUCUCUGUGACACUUUCUCUUCCUCUCCCUCUUUAAUAAAGAAAUUGUUCUCUAUCUUUGCUCUGACUGCAGCCUUCCCAUCUUCUCUACCUCUUUCUCUUUUCACAUGUUCACUCCAUCUAUAUUUGUCUCUCUUUCCUAAUAUAGAGGUGGGAAUGAGUACCCUGAGAAGCUAAUGAUUUGAAUGCUCUGCUUCUUAAGGUGUCAGACGAGGCACGGAGAGGCAGAAUGGAUGGAUUCAUCAAGUUUAUAAAGCGCUGUCUCUGUGCUCUGCUCUCACAAUGGGGACUGGUAGAAGGAAAUCAUCACCCAUCUCUCUCUGAAAGUGUUGAAUUAGUGAUGGGAAGGAAAAGAGCGAUGGAGGGCAGAAUACAGUAUGUCAUAAAAGCGCUCCUCAGAGUAUUGCAAGUAACAGCCUUGAGGCCCUUCCGUCCUCACUGACUGCUCUGCUCUGAAUCAAAUUUCCUGUCAGUUCUUAAGCUUUAUGGGAGAAAUUAUACAGUAGAAGUAUUACAGAGAGAAACUGAAAUGAUAUCAUAAGGUUAUUAUAGUACUACAGGGGUUUCCAACAGGGGCAGUGUGUGCAUGUAUGUAUAUUGGAGUUUGUGUGCGUUCUUGUGUCCCUGCCUACCUGCAUGUGUGCAUGCCUGUCGUGUGUGUGUGGCGAUUUUUUAAAAUCAAGGUAGUGAAUUAGGAUUUGGAUAAUGGUCAGGUUCUCGCCGUUCCAAGGCUGUGUAUGUGUGCAUGCAUCUCUUUGUCCCCGCUCCAAGGCACAGAAGGUCGUGGUGUGAUGAAUGUGUCUCAACACACACACAACCCCCGCUAAACACUUCUUUUUUCCUGUUACCCAGGGACCCUGGCCGAGGCAAAACCACCAUAAAGACCCUGAAUAAAGAGAGAGCCAUAGAGACCAAAUGGGACCAGUUUGUGUCUCUGCCAAAGGUCUUCUUAGUCUAUUCUUUGAACUCUCUAUCCACCUCUUGAGUUGCAUUCUGGGGUUGUGUCCUUAAAAGGGUUGUCACUUAAAGUCGGAUUACCUGCUUCAGAGGAGGCAAAACCAGCUGUACAACACACACACACACAUAGACACUCGUCGCACACACACGCACACACACACACACAUCGCCCACACACACAUACCAGGCCCACACACAUCCAAACACACACACACACACAAACACACACACUCUCCCGCUCCCUCUCUCUCACACACACAUACACACCACUCCCAGCCAGAAACAUACACACCCCUUGGGGAUGCUUGUCUGUGUGUGUCUGUGGCAGAAGAGGACAUUAGGAGAGCUGAGAGCUGCUGCAGCUGAAGUGUUGUGCUCCUCUCCUCUCCUGCUCUCACACACACACACACACACACACACACUGACAGACAGGCUGAAGAGAGGGAAAGGAGAUACGUGACUGGCUCCUCCACAAAUCUUCAUACUGUAUGUCCUCCUCAGCCAAGGAGGGAUGUGUUUGUGUGUGUGUCUGCUUACCUGUCUUCCUAUUGGUAUUUGUGCCUGCCUGCCUGUCUGCCUGUCUGUCUGUCUGUCUGUCUGUCUGUCUGUCUGUCUGUCUGUCUGUCUGUCUGUCUGUCUGUCUGUCUGUCUGUCUGUCUGUCUGCCUGUCUGUCUGUCUGUGUGUGUACGUGAGUCUCUGUAUGCCUGUGCAUAUGCAAGGCUCUAGGUGCGCUUUUAUGGAAAUCUAUGCGUGGAAAUCCCCUUUGACACCUCUCUUCUUCUUCUCGUCCUCCUCUACUUCUGUCUCGCCUUCUCACCUCAUCUCCCAGCCACGUAGAACAGGCUCCAGGCCCUCCCGCUCCUCCUCUGGUCGUCUGUACCUGUUGAAGGGGUCCUCCCUGAGCGUAGCCUUGUCCUCAGCCCUCACCACCCCUACCCUGCUGGGCAGCCUGUCCUCCCUGGGCCCUGGGACCGAAGACACUGGAGCUAUAGUGACUGCCGCUGGAACCAGCCAGGAUAGUACGGAGCAACCAGGAGCAGGAGGGGACUCCGAGACAGAGCUGCCCAUGUCAGAGUGUAAGUAAAUAGAGUCGUGUAUGGAAUAUUCAGAGGGUUCUCUGUGGUAAAAAUGGGUGCAAUAUGGUGAAACCUGAGGGGUAGUGUGAGGGUUGUGUCUGUGUGCAGGGUUCAAUUGGGUUGUUUUGUGUAGCAAACACCUCCUCAUCUUUCUCUGUGUGUUAUAUUCUGGCUCCUCUUUGGAGCUCUCUGUCAGCUCACUUUGUGUGUGUGUGUGUGUGUGUGUGUGUGUGUGUGUGUGUGUGUGAGAGCAGAGGAGGUGAUGUGUGUGCCGGGGGCCCGCUCGCUACUCCAUGUCAUCUGGUUCCGGGUUUUUGGAGCGCAGAAUGAGUCCUAUCUGUUUCCUAUCAGCCCUGUCACUGCAGGAACAUCUGCAGCGUGCGCACGGAACCCAAAGACACACACACACAUCUACGCACGAAACCCAAACACCCGGAUCUGGUUGUCAUAGGAACAGCUCUUCCUUCUGACGUGAUUGUGAUAUGACACACACCCUGGGAUGUUUUCCUCAUACAACACAAAAGUCACUUCUGACUCUUACACUGCAUCUGAUAUGGCAACCUAUUCCUUAUAUAGGGCACAUUGGGCUUUUGUCAAAAGUAGUGUGCUAUGUAAGGAAUAGUGUGCCAUUUCAGAUGCAGUAUAAGAGUCAGAAGUGAGAGAGAGAAAGCCUCUCCAGAUUUGUCUGUAUGGCGCACGCCGGGGGGGGGGGGGGGGGGGGGGGCACUCGCUCUCAGAGCUUUGCUUUGAUUCCUUUGGUUUGAUUUCAUCCCCUGCUGUUCCAGUAAUGAAGCCCAACACAACACUGCUGCUUUCUACCCUGGCCACUGUAGUCGGGUCACUAAAGGGCCGCUAGCUGGACGGCUAGCUAAAGCCUCCCUCACUACCCUCCGGUUCUGGCUUCCCAGAGUGCUUUGCAUCAAAGCUGGAGGAUAAUUAGUCAACUGAUCUAUCGGAGAGAGAUCAGAGCCUUCGUUAUGCUAUCACAUUCUGACGAAAGACUAGCUUUGUUUGCCCGAGUCAUCGUCAGUUCGUUGUCGAAUCUCCCCCCCUUCCUCCUCCUCCUCAUAGGUUAAAGCAAUUAACUGCUCUUCUCCAUAAUCCUCAGAGUUAUGCCUCAAAUCCAGAAAUUGGGCACCAGAGAUAUUCAGCUGAGCUUACCUCCGCCCGCCCCAAGGCACAUUUUUGCCUGAAGAAUAAAAUAAUCAAAUAAGAAUGCGUCCCAAAUAGCACCCUCUUCAGCCUCCAACCUCCCACACAAUAUACCUAUCCUUUUCAGUCCUGUAUAUCAGUGGUCGUGUCCCAAAUGACACCCUAUUACCUAUAUAGUGCACUACUUGUAAACAGGGCCCAUAUGGCUCUGAUCAAAAGUAGUGCACUAUAUAGGUGAUAGGGUGCUAUUUGGGAUGUAGCAUGAGGGUGAAGGGAGGGACUUUCUUUGCUUUAAUUUUAAAAACUCUUUGAUGAAAAAGGAAUCAACAUUUGGGCACUCAUUAUUUUCAUAUUUUCAUAAAAGCUAAUACAUUCAUAAAUGGAGCUAAUUAUAAAAUUGUAUUAAAUCUAAAGCCGGAACAAUUGGUUAGAAUUAUUGGCUAUUAUCAUUUUGGCAGGGUGUUUUAUGGUGGGCUUUUCCUAUGAUGAAUCUAGCAUUAUAUUUUAAUAAGUAUCUCCACAGAUUUGUUUCAAUAAGUGAUUAAUUUUGUCACACAUAAAAUAAGUUGGAUACUUGUAGUUGGUGUAUUUUAAUAUUUUGAUUAAUGUAUCCCAUUCUAUUCGAGUGCUUUAUGAAGAUUUAGUGCAAUGUCAUUUUAUGUGUGUCACUUAUGAUAUAUUCCACCAUAGUGUGUUUCAAAGAGAUCUUGUACUGUAGCCGACCAUCUGUUCAUCUGAACUGACUUUGAAUUCAUUACUGUAUCUGAACAGCAGAGGGAGCUAGGGGACCAUUCUUGUCUCAGAAUUCUACUCUCCUCACAUUUACAUUUUAGUCAUUUAGUAGAUGCUCUUAUCCAGAGCGACUUACAGUGGUGUGUGCAUACAUUUUCAUACUGGUCCCCUGUGGGAAUCGAACCCACAACCCUGCUAUUGCAAGUGCCAUCCUCUACCAAGUCCUUCUGGCAAUUACUCUGAGCUGAGGGACACUGUGGAUGAAAACUUGAUUUUCUCAUUAAAUAGCCUACUAUUCUACUUGAUGAUUUUGUUUCUUUGUUGAAUCGUCUCUUAAAAAUAAAGAUAACCCUUUAUAGGUUUUAGCAGUGACACCUCGGAGACGUGAGUCCUAUAGGCUACAGAGAGACCAGACAGAUAAGCUAACGAAAAAGUCGUCAUUAAAAAUGUUGUCAUUAAUGUUUACUGCCUCUCUGUCCAGACCUUAAGAAGCUGCUGGAUGCAGUCCACCAGAGUGUCACCAAAGACUUCAGUGGUCCGGAGCAGAAUCACGGCGACGGCACUUUGACUGACGGAUACCGGUAACCUCCCCUUGGCCUAGUCAAAUAGCCCCCUGGGCCACAUUCCACUCCCCAUCCUGGUCACACUACUCUUCUACAUUUACUCUUUCCGCUUUCAUCCCUUACUCUCCUGUUCCUCUCUUUUCUUUUACUCAGCAAUAGAUUAAAGGGUACCUAGACAAGUCAUCUCUGGAAUUAACACGUUCAUAAAUGGCUGUGUAUGUAGAGGCUGUUGGAAUUGAGCAAGUGGAUGAUUACAUCAUGUUGACUGAGUAAAGUAAAGGCAUUAUCAUGUCAUGACGACCCAAGGGUGACCAGGUUAGCAAUUAAACAUUUGCAUUUCCACACAGACUUAAACCCCAUGUUAACUCCAGGCCCCAGGGUGAGAGGGUGAUCUACUAUGCAAACGCCCUAACUAACUAUACACUCUAACUAAAUACUAACGGAUUUGUUCCUUCACACAACAGGCCACCUACCCAACCCACCCCUCAGAGAGCGGACAACACAACACGCUCCAAGACCAAAGACACACCAAGACCCAAAAGGUUGGCCUGCUAGACCGAAACUCAAACUACUACUACUUUUUCUACCGUUCUGUUUCAAAUGUUAUGGUUGUUUUGGGAACCUUUCCAAGUUGAAAGUUGAGGCACUUUGCACCAGAAAUGUUGCCUACACUAUUUUACUAUACUGCAUUACAUUGAGUAUCAUAUUGCAUUGAGUGUAACUGCGUUGUAUUGAAAAAAGCCUUGUCUCUGUCUCUGUGUGUAGUUGCCCUGCUAAGCCACUGUCUAUCUAGCUCUGGCCACAACAACUCAAUCAGUCAAUCAAUCUAUCAAUCAUUUUAUUGUGUAAAUAAAGUUGCCCUGCUAAGCCUGCAUUGUGUGUAAUUACUGUAUAUUGUAUUGCAAAGUAAUUAUCUCUGUCUGUCUGUCUGUCUGUAUAGUUGUCCUGCCAAGCCUCUGUCAGCCACCAGUGAGUUGAUCAGCAGUAAGAGGUCGAUGCUGUGGGAUAUAAGGACAGCCUAUGAGGAGAGAGCAGAGGAGCUGGCCCAGAACUUCAGUGACAGUCUGGACCACAAUGCCAGGUGACCGUCCCCUCUCUGACGAUCUAGUUCUGGUCACAAACUCACCUCCACAAUCUGACUCUAGUCCUUUUUCUUCCGAGAGAGAGGCCUGCCUGUGUUGUCCUCAAAGCCAUGUUUGUUCAAUGACCAAUUAAUCUCUAGUGCUGGUCUGUUUUUAGUCUCAAAAGCAUUGACCCCGACGUGAUUUGAACACGCAACCUUCUGAUCUGGAGUCAGACGCGCUACCGUUGCGCCACGAAGUCUGGUGGUAUGCUAACUGAGCAAUCCAGCCUCUGGAAGUGUUGGUCCUCAACAGGUGUUCAGUUUCUCACGACAAUAUAGGCCUGUUGAAAUAUGCCUUGUCAAUUUCAUUCUGAUUUCAUUCCCAGCCGAAAGAUAUCAAACGGUACCCACGGGGUCACAUGACAAGGGAUGCGGUUCCAGGCCCUGUGUCAUGUGACCCAUUCUCACCUCAUCCCUCGUCAUGUGACCCUGUGGGUAACCGGAGUGAAACCCCCAGAGACAGACUGCAGCAACAACAACAUGUGGUACGACAUCUGCAACACCCAUCACAUGGAUUUGAAUGUGUGUGAUCCCUCUGUCCACGCCACUGUGUUUUCACACAUAAAACUAUUGACCCCGACGUGAUUUGAACACGCAACCUUCUGAUCUGGAGUCAGACGCGCUACCGUUGCGCCACGAAGUCCUGUGACUAACAAGUGCAUCUGAGGCCAUUUCAUAGAAUGCACUUCCUUAUCUUUCCCCUGGGAAGUCAAAUAGAGGCCAGGGACAUCACUAGAGCUUUUGGGGCUUUAGCCCCGAAUGAUUUCGGGUCAGCACUGAAUCGUUUGUGCUGCUGCGAUAGUGUAUUUUUGGCGUAUUACAUUAUUUUAUAAUAAUGUAUUAUUUUUGGGGUUUGCUCAAUCUGAUUGGGUGGGCCUGGCAGGGCCUGGCUCCCCAGUGGGUGGGCCUGUGUCCACUCAGGCCCACCCAUGCCUACGCCCCUGGGACAGCGCCAUUGCACUGCUUUGAGACAAGCAUGGCGACUAGGGUGACCACAUGUACCAGAUUGUGCGGGACACUUCCCGCACCCAUCAAUCAUGUCCUGCAUUUUAUCAACAAAUUCAAACACCACUAAUUUUGGGGAAAAAAGGUUGAUUUGGCCCAUAUUUCAGUCAGACAUUCCAACCUGUCUCUUGUCUCUUGCAGUCACACUUAUGAAUAUAUAUAAAUAUCAUAAGGAUGUGUUAGCCUAGCAUGAUGACUAUACCAGGCACGCGGGUGCGUCCGCGUGCGCCAUUGGGCGCAUGUUGAUUUGGUACAUCACCACAAGACGCAAUCCAGACACGCAGGUUGAAAUAUCAAAACAAACACUGAACCAACUAUAUUAAUUUGGGACAUGUCGAAACACAUGAAACAUCCAUGGACAUUUAGCUAGCUAGCUUCCUGUUGCUAGCUAAUUUGUCCUGGGAUAUAAACAUUGGGUUGUUAUUUUACCUGGAAUGCACAAGGUCCUUUUUUUCUGGAUCUUUGUAGAAUUUUGACCCAUUUUGAGUCACACAAAAUCGUGUGUUCUCUACUCCGACAAUUAAUCCACAGGUAAAAGGGAAAAUGUAGUUAGUUUCUAGUAAUCUCUCCUCCUUCAGUAGUCUUAGUCUUCUUCUUCUUCCUCUUCCUCUUCCUCUUCCUCUGCCUCUUCUUCUUCUGUGGACGUUAAAUGUUGGUUGGCAACCAACUUUAAGGUGCAUUACCACCGCCAACUGGACUGGAGUGUGGACCUCAGUUUAUUUUGCAACGCUUGUGCACGCAACCCGAGCGGUGUGGUCAGCAUACUGGUGAAGCCCACUUCUCCAAUCAUUGUUGAGAUCUGAUAUUCUGCGCAGCCGCAAGUCAAAAGUAAUGUCACUGGCCUAUCUUCAACCAAUCAUAUUUCUCAAACCCUUUCGGGCUAAAAUCCAGCUAAACUUGGAGAGGACAGUUAGGCCUAAUUACUUUUAAAAAGUCGUGCUUCUGAUGAAGAGCUAUAAAUAUAAGUAAAUAACCGUAUUAAGUAUUUUGUGGUCUCUUGUUUCAGCAUCACCAAAUUUUGCUCAGGCAAAAUAGUAGGCUAGGUGCGCCUCAAUUGCUUAUUCGCGUUUCACCAUGGCGCUUGUUUAGUAAAGUUUAGAUCAAAGCUGAAUCAAUGUCUUGGAAGAGCACAUAAUGAUGAAUUAGUAUUCUACAUCAGUGGGGUGUGAGGGGUUGGUCCAGCUUUCGGCUUACUCUUGAAAGAUAGAAUGCAUAAGGUGAAAUUUCGAAAUUGGGUAGUGCAUCAGUUUUCCUCUUGUCAUUUCAGUCAUUGCAUACCUUAGAGAGCUAUUUAUAACUUGUCAGAAAUGUCCAGAUCAACUUGCCCAUGUCAGCUAACGUUUUUUAGCUCGGCUUUUUAGCCCAUAGAUUUUGUUGUAAUGUUUGAGUCACUCAAAUAUCACAUGGGGGAAGAUGUUCCCCAAUGCUGGAAGGGGGUCCUGAGUGAAAAAGUUUGGGAACACUUGUUCUACAUAACAUAACCAAUAGCAUAGGAUAACGUUACUGUUACAACAACAAAAAACACCUAAUUUCUUAUGAGAUUUUAGGAUGGUUAGCUGAAUAGUUAAACUAAAAAGAUCAUGUGGACAAAACUCAACACGCCCGGCCCUAGGCAGAAUUUGCAUUGAUUUAAACAAAAUACAGGCAAAAAAAUUAUAAUUGCCAUGCUGAAGACAUCUAUAUCGGUCCGCUAAUACAGGACUAGUUAAGUGACUAGUUAAGGCCCAGGGCACUACUUUUGUGAUAAUGUUUAACUAAAUGUAUUUGAGUGUUUACCAGCAUUUGUAACUUGAGUCUGAUAAUUAUCUGAUAAUACUUGUGGAAGAUAAAAAUGUUUGCUUGAUAAAUGUUUUCCAGUUUCUUGAAAUACUUUGCAAAUGCAACUUAUUUCUAUGUGAAAACUAAAAUGGUCUAUUCAUUCCUUUUUAGUAGACGCUCUUAUCCAGAGCAACUUACAGUAGUGAGUGCAUACAUUUUUGUACUGGUCCCCCGUGGGAAUCGUACCCACAACCCUAGCCUUGCAAGCGCCAUGCUUUACCAACUGAGCCACAUCAUACACUCCUUGAUGAAACGUAUUGGGACACCUGCUCGUCGAACAUCUCAUUCCAAAAUCAUGGGCACUAAAAUGGAGUUGGUCCCCCCUUUGCUGCUAUAACAGCCUCCACUCUUCUGGGAAAGCUUUCCACUAGAUGUUGGAACAUAGCUGCGGCGACUUGCUUCCAUUCAGCCACAAGACCAUUAGUGAGGUCGGACACUGAUGUUGGGCGAUUAGGCCUGGCUCGCAGUCGGCGUUCCAAUUCAUCCCAAAGGUGUUCGAUGGGGUUGAGGUCAGGGCUCUGUACAGGCCAGUCAAAUUCUUUCACACGAUCUCGACAAACAAUUUCAGUAUGGACCUCGCUUUACAUUUACAUUUUAGUCAUUUAGCAGACGCUCUUAUCCAGAGCGACUUACAGGAGCAAUUAGGGUUAAGUGCCUUGCUCAAGGGCACAUUUACGUCAUUUAGCAGACGCUCUUAUCCAGAGCGACUACAAAUUGGUGCAUUCACCCUAUAGCCAGUGGGAUAACCACUUUACAAUUAUACUUUUUUUUUUUUUUUUUUUUUUUUUUUGGGGGGGGGGGGGGGAGGGGUAGAAGGAUUACUUUAUCCUAUCCCAGGUGUUCCUUAAAGAGGUGGGGUUUCAAAUGUCUCCGGAAGGUGGUGAGUGACUCCGCUGUCCUGGCGUCGUGAGGGAGCUUGUUUUGACUGGGCUGAGCGGGAACUAUGCUUCCGCAGAGGAAGGGGAGCCAGCAGGCCAGAGGUGGAUGAACCCAAUGCCCUCGUUUGGGUGUAGGGACUGAUCAGAGCCUGAAGGUACGGAGGUGCCGUUCCCCUCACUGCUCCAUAGGCAAGCACCAUGGUCUUGUAACGGAUGCGAGCUUCAACUGGAAGCCAGUGGAGUGUGCGGAGGAGGGGGGUGACGUGAGAGAACUUGGGAAGGUUGAACACCAGACGGGCUGCGGCAUUCUGGAUGAGUUGUAGGGGUUUAAUGGCACAGGCAGGGAGCCCAGCCAACAGCGAGUUGCAGUAAUCCAGACGGGAGAUGACAAGUGCCUGGAUUAGGACCUGUGCCGCUUCCUGUGUAAGGCAGGGUCGUACUCUCCGAAUGUUGUAGAGCAUGAACCUGCAGGAUCGGGUCACCGCCUUGAUGUUAGCGGAGAACGACAGGGUGUUGUCCAGGGUCACGCCAAGGCUCUUCGCACUCUGGGAGGAGGACACAACGGAGUUGUCAACCGUGAUGGCGAGAUCAUGGAACGGGCAGUCCUUCCCCGGGAGGAAGAGCAGCUCCGUCUUGCCAGGGUUCAGCUUGAGGUGGUGAUCCGUCAUCCAUACUGAUAUGUCGGCCAGACAUGCAGAGAUGCGAUUCGCCACCUGGUUAUCAGAAGGGGGAAAGGAGAAGAUUAGUUGUGUAUCGUCAGCGUAGCAAUGAUAGGAGAGGCCAUGUGAGGAUAUGACAGAGCCAAGUGACUUGGUGUAUAGGGAGAAAAGGAGAGGGCCUAGAACUGAGCCCUGGGGGACACCAGUGGUGAGAGCACGUGGUGCGGAGACAGCUUCUCGCCACGCCACUUGGUAGGAGCGACCGGUCAGGUAGGACGCAAUCCAGGAGUGAGCCGCGCCGGAGAUGCCCAGCUCGGAGAGGGUGGAGAGGAGGAUCUGAUGGUUCACUGUAUCAAAGGCAGCAGACAGGUCUAGAAGUACAAGAGCAGAGGAGAGAGAGUUAGCUUUAGCAGUGCAGAGAGCCUCCGUGACACAGAGAAGAGCAGUCUCAGUUGAAUGACCAGUCCUGAAACCUGACUGGUUUGGAUCAAGAAGGUCAUUCUGAGAGAGAUAGCAAGAGAGUUGGCUAAAGACGGCACGCUCAAUAGUUUUGGAAAGAAAAGAAAGAAGGGAUACUGGUCUGUAGUUGUUGACAUCAGUGGGAUCGAGUGUUGGUUUUUUGAGAAGGGGUGCAACUCUCGCUCUCUUGAAGACGGAAGGGACAUGGCCAGCGGUCAAGGAUGAGUUGAUCAGCGAGGUGAGGUAGGGGAGAAGGUCACCGGAGAUGGUCUGGAGAAGAGAGGAGGGGAUGGGGUCAAGCGGGCAGGUUGUUGGGCGGCCUUCAGUCACUAGUCGCAAGAUUUUAUCUGGAGAGAGAGGGGAGAAAGAAGUCAAAGCAUAGGGUAGGGCAGUGUGAGCAGGACCAGCAGUGUCAUUAGACUUAACAAACGAGGAUCGGAUGUCGUCAACCUUCUUUUCAAAGUGGUUGACGAAGUCAUCCACAGAGAGGGAGGAGGGGGGGGGGGGGGGGGGGGGGGGGAGGAUUCAGCAGUGAGGAGAAUGUGGCAAAGAGCUUCCUAGGGUUAGAGGCAGAUGCUUGGAAUUUAGAGUGGUAGAAAGUGGCCUUAGCAGCAGAAACAGAUGAAGAAAAUGUAGAGAGGAGGGAGUGAAAAGAUGCCAGGUCGGCAGGGAGUUUAGUUUUCUUCCAUUUCUGCUCAGCUGCCCGGAGCUCUGUUCUGUGAGCUCGCAAUGAGUCAUCAAGCCACGGAGCUGGAGGGGAGGACCGAGCCGGCCGGGAGGAUAGGGGACACAGGGAGUCAAAGGAUGCAGAAAGGGAGGAGAGGAGGGUUGAGGAGGCAGAAUCAGGAGAUUGGAGGGAGAAGGAUUGAGCAGAGGGAAGAGAUGAUAGGAUGGAAGAGGAGAGAGUAGUGGGAGAGAGAGAGCGAAGGUUGCGGCGGCGCGUUACCAUCUGUGUAGGGGCAGAGUGAGUAGUGUUGGAGGAGAGCGAGAGAGAAAAGGAUACAAAGUAGUGGUCGGAGACAUGGAGGGGAGUUGCAGUGAGAUUAGUAGAAGAGCAACAUCUAGUAAAGAUGAAGUCAAGCGUAUUGCCUGCCUUGUGAGUGGGGGGGGAUGGUGAGAGGGUGAGGUCAAAAGAGGAGAGGAGUGGAAAGAAGGAGGCAGAGAGAAAUGAGUCAAAUGUAGACGUAGGGAGGUUGAAAUCCCCCAAAACUGUGAAGGGUGAGCCAUCCUCAGGAAAGGAACUUAUCAAGGCGUCAAGCUCAUUGAUGAACUCUCCAAGGGAACCUGGAGGGCGAUAGAUGACAAGGAUAUUAAGCUUAAAUGGGCUAGUGACUGUGACAGCAUGGAAUUCAAAUGAGGAGAUAGACAGAUGGGUUAGGGGAAAAAUUGAGAAUGACCACUUGGGAGAGAUGAGGAUUCCUGUGCCACCACCCCUCUGACCAGAUGCUCUCGGGGUAUGCGAGAACACAUGGUCAGACGAGGAGAGAGCAGUAGGAUUAGCAGUGUUUUCAGUGGUAAUCCAUGUUUCCGUCAGCGCCAGGAAGUCGAGGGACUGGAGGGUAGCAUAGGCUGGGAUGAAGUCAGCCUUGUUGGCGGCAGAACGGCAGUUCCAGAGGCUGCCUGAGACCUGGAACUCCAGGUGUGUGGUGCGUGCAGGGACCACCAGGUUAGAGAGGCAGCAGCCACGCGGUGUGAGGCGUUUGUGUAGCCUGUGCGGAGAGGAGAGAACAGGGAUAGGCAGAGGCAUAGUUGACAGGCUGCAGCAGAUGGCUACAAUAAUGCAGAGGAGAUCGGAAUGAAAUGAACUAAACAUCUGGGAAAGGAGAGAGCAGGCCUCCCUCACCAAAAAAAUUAUAAUAUAACUCUCCCAACUUCCACCUCAGAAACUAUAAUUGUUUCACUGAACCACCCGAAUAAAACUCUCCCAACUUCCACUUUAGAAAUUAGAAUUGUUGUAAACUACAGCAGACUGUUAUCAGUAGCUGUAAUUAAGUACAGCAGCUACCAACCACCUAACGUUAAUGCCUCGGAUGAGGUUAGAAAAACAGCUGAAUGGUAGCAGCUAGCUGGCUCAAUCACAGGUACUCUUAAGCAUGAAAUAACAUUGGAAACAACUAACCACAGUUGCUAAAAGUUACCAGUAGCUACCCGCUAGCUAGCUAGCUAGCUUUGUUGGUCCAAGUAGUGGGUAAGCUAGCCUCGUGCUUCGCCGGGGUCCGCCGAAUACAAUACUUACCUACAAUACUUACCUACAAUAACCUUCAAUAACUACCUGAGUAAGCUACCUAUAAUACCAAACUACAAUACCUACCUACAAUCUAAAUACAUGGUUUAAGCUUAACUCAACACCAUAUAAGAAGCCAAGCUUACCUUUCAUAACGCAGCAAUGAUUAAACGUUGGGUAGCUAGCACAAAGAUAUUGUAUUUAGCUACUACAGUACAGCCAGCUGGUAGUGUUGGCUAGCUAGCAAUGGCUGCUGUGUUGACUUUGUUUGAAAAACAACGUCGCUGCAAACGAAUGUAGCUGGCUAAAAGGAUAUUGUUUUUAGUUGCUACCGUUGCUAAUAGCUACUCGCCAGCUAAUCCAGUCACCCACAUAGGUGAUUUGAGUGCGCUAGAUCCAGGUGAGUACGCUCCCUCGAAUUUCUUCACAUUGACAUUCCUUUACCCGCACCCAGUGGGUAAUCCAGGAGGCUUUGUCAUGCUGAAACAGGAAAGGGCCUUCCCCAAACUGUUGCUACAAAGUUGGAAGCACAGAAUCGUCUAUAAUGUCAUUGUCUGCUUUAGCGUUAAGAUUUCCCUUCACUGGAACUAAGGGGCCUAGACCGAACCAUGAAAAACAGCCCCAGACCAUUAUUCCUCCUCCACCAAAAUGUACAGUUGGCACUAUGCAUUGGGGCAGGUAGAGUUCUCCUGGCAUCCACCAAACACAGAUUAAUCCGUUGGACUGCCAGAUGGUGAAGCGUGAUUCAUCACUCCAGAGAACGCGUUUCCACUGCUCCAGAGUCCAAUGGCGGCGAGCUUUACACCACUCCAGCCAACGCUUGGCAUUGCGCAUGGUGAUAUUAGGCUUGUGUGCGGCUGCUCGGCCAUGGAAACCCAUUUCAUGGAGCUCCAGAUGAACAGUUCUUGUGCUGUUGUUGCUUCCAGAGGCAGUUUUGAACUCCAUUUUUACGCUCUUCAGCACUCGGCAGUCCCGUUCUGAGCAGUUGUUGCUCCUAGACGUUUCCACUUCACAGUAACAGCACUUACAGCUCUGGCAGAGCAGAAAUUUGAUGAACUGACUUGUUGGAAAGGUGGCAUCCUCUGACAGUGCCAUGUUGAAAGUCACUGAGCUCUUCAGUACGUGCCAUUCUACUGCCAAUGUUUGUCUAUGGGGAUUGCAUGGCUGUGUGCUCGAUUUUAUACACAUGUCAGCAAUGGGUGUGGUUGAAAUUGAAGGCGUGUCCACAUACUUUUGUCCGUGUAGUGUAUCAUCACAAACCACUUGAUGUCUCAAUAUACUCAAUUACUGUAUUGUGCAUGUUUUUCUUCAUGGUGAUGGAAAGUCAACAGGUACAAACCUUGAUGACCAGCCUAUGGCGCACCAGUAGUGCGUCGGACUCCAGAUCAGAAGGUUGCACAUUCAAAUCAUGUCAGGGUCAAUGUUUUUGAGCAUGAAGGAAAACUGGGCCUGCUCCGACCAGCACCGGUCCCAUGUGGCUCAGUUGGUAGAGCAUGGCACUUGGAACGCCAGGGUUGUGGGUUUGAGUCCCACGGGGGACCAGGACAAAUGAAAACGUGUGCCCUCACUACUGUGAGUUGCUGUGGAUAAGAGCAUCUGCUAAAUGACUAAAAUGAGAUGAGUUGGUCUCUGAACAAACAUGCCAUGAAGUCAUAGGUAACUAACCAAGCGGGUAUGUGACAACUUCAUUGAAUGUGCCCCCAUAUCUUUCUCCUGGGAAAGAAGCAGACAACAUUUCAACGUUAGUUUGUCCCAGGUCAGGACCUUUGACUUGAAGCACUGUAUCACUUCUCUUUGUACGUUAACUCGCAGCUGACUUGUGAGUACUUUCUUGCAGUGCUCCUCGAUAUUGAUUUGUUUCACAUGAAGAGUGAAGACUUCUAUCCACCACUAGUAUAGAUAUUGAGGUCUGCUGCUUGCAUAACCAUCCUGUUUGUGCUGGAUAAUAGGUGAAGACAAAAGAGCAGUCAUUGGUAAAGUCAAUCAGAAAUCUAUCCGGUUCAUUACAAGUUGCAACAGGGAGACAGCACCCAGCACAGAAGCAGAGAAAAUGUUUAACUGGUCUUCUCUGGGCAGGCCCUUAUCCUAAACAUUCAGCAUAAAUUCUAGUGACCAUCAACCCGCACCUUGAGUGUCCCAAAAAUCACACUGGAAAUGAUGUUUUUUACAGAAACUCCAAGUACUGUAUGCUAAACAUUGUGUUGGAUCAUUCUAAACUAAAUAUAAACUUUACUCAUUUUAAAUGUUUAUCUAAUUCUGUGGUAAAUGUCAGAGGAUCAGGUAUCUCUCCUGUAUGCAUCUGACUCUCUUUCUCUGCUCUCACUGUGCCCACCCCCUCUCUCCACCCUGUACAACUACUCUCUGAUCUCUUCCUACUCCCUCUCCUCUUCUCUCUGUACAGGAAGAGGCUGGACAGUGGCAUCCAGCGGUUCCAGGCCCUGUGUCAUGUGACCCAUUCUCACCUCAUCCCUCGUCAUGUGACCCCGUGGGUAACCGGAGUGAAACCCCCAGAGACAGACUGCAGCAACAACAACAUGUGGUACGACAUCUGCAAUACCCAUCACAUGGAUUGGAAUGUGUGUCUGUUUCCUCAUCUGUGUGUGAUCCCUCUGUCCACGCCUCUGUGUUUCCCACAUAAAACUAUUGACCCCGACGUGAUUUGAACACGCAACCUUCUGAUCUGGAGUCAGACGCGCUACCGUUGCGCCACGAAGUCCUGUGACUAACAAGUGCGUCUGAGGCCAUUUCAUAGAAUGCACUUCCUUAUCUUUCCCCUGGGAAGUCAAAUAGAGGCCAGGGACAACACUAGAGCUUUUGGGGCUUUAGCCCCGAAUGAUUUUGGGUCAGCACUGAAUCGUUUGUGCUGCUGCGAUAGUGUAUUUUUGGCGUAUUACAUUAUUUUAUAAUAAUGUAUUAUUUUUGGGGUUUGCUCAAUCUGAUUGGGUGGGCCUGGCAGGGCCUGGCUCCCCAGUGGGUGGGCCUGUGUCCACUCAGGCCCACCCAUGCCUACGCCCCUGGGACAGCGCCAUUGCACUGCUUUGAGACAAGCAUGGCGACUAGGGUGACCACAUGUACCAGAUUGUGCGGGACACUUCCCGCACCCAUCAAUCAUGUCCUGCAUUUUAUCAAGAAAUUCAAACACCACUAAUUUUGGGGAAAAAAGGUUGAUUUGGCCCAUAUUUCAGUCAGACAUUCCGACCUGUCUCUUGUCUCUUGCAGUCACGCUUAUGAAUAUAUAUAAAUAUCAUAAGGAUGUAUUAGCCUAGCAUGAUGACUAUACCAGGCACGCAUGUGCGUCCGCGUGCGCCAUUGGGCGCAUGUUGAUUUGGUACAUCACCACAAGACGCAAUCCAGACACGCAGGUUGAAAUAUCAAAACAAACACUGAACCAACUAUAUUAAUUUGGGACAGGUCGAAACACAUGAAACAUCCAUGGACAUUUAGCUAGCUAGCUUCCUGUUGCUAGCUAAUUUGUCCUGGGAUAUAAACAUUGGGUUGUUAUUUUACCUGGAAUGCACAAGGUCCUUUUUUUCUGGAUCUUUGUAGAAUUUUGACCCUUUUUGAGUCACACAAAAUCGUGUGUUCUCUACUCCGACAAUUAAUCCACAGAUAAAAGGGAAAAUGUAGUUAGUUUCUAGUAAUCUCUCCUCCUUCAGUAAUCUUAGUCUUCUUCCUCUUCCUCUUCCUCUUCUUCUUCUGUGGACGUUAAAUGUUGGUUGGCAACCAACUUUAAGGUGCAUUACCACCGCCAACUGGACUGGAGUGUGGACCUCAGUUUAUUUUGCAACGCUUGUGCACGCAACCCGAGCGGUGUGGUCAGCAUACUGGUGAAGCCCACUUCUCCAAUCAUUGUUGAGAUCUGAUAUUCUGCGCAGCCGCAAGUCAAAAGUAAUGUCAUUGGCCUAUCUUCAACCAAUCAUAUUUCUCAAACCCUUUCGGGCAAAAAUCCAGCUAAACUUGGAGAGGACACUUAGGCCUAAUUACUUUUAAAAAGUCGUGCUUCUGAUGAAGAGCUAUAAAUAUAAGUAAAUAACCGUAUUAAGUAUUUUGUGGUCUCUUGUUUCAGCAUCAAUAACAUAACCAAUAGCAUAGUAUAACGUUACUGUUACAACAAAAACACCACCUCAUUUCUUAUGAGAUUUUAGGAUGGUUAGCUGAAUAGUUAAACUAAAAUGAUCAUGUGGACAAAACUCAACAGCGCCCGGCCCUAGGCAUAAUUUGCAUUGAUUUAAACAAAAUACAGGCAAAAAAAUAAUAAUUGCCAUGCUGAAGACAUCUAUAUCGGUCCGCUGAUACGGGACUAGUUAAGUGACUAGUUAAGGCCCAGUGCACUACUUUUGUGAUAAUGUUUAACUAAAUGUAUUUGAGUGUUUACCAGCAUUUGUAACUUGAGUCUGAUAAUUAUCUGAUAAUACUUGGUAUUAUGGAUAGAUACAAAUGUUUGCUUGAUAAAUGUUUUCCAGUUUCUUGAAAUACUUUGCAAAUGCAACUUAUUUCUAUGUGAAAACUAAAAUGGUCUAUUCAUUCCUUUUUAGUAGACGCUCUUAUCCAGAGCAACUUACAGUAGUGAGUGCAUACAUUUUUGUACUGGUCCCCCGUGGGAAUCAUACCCACAACCCUAGCCUUGCAAGCGCCAUGCUCUACCAACUGAGCCACAUCAUACACUCCUUGAUCAAAAGUAUUGGGACACCUGCUCGUCGAACAUCUCAUUCCAAAAUCAUGGGCACUAAAAUGGAGUUGGUCCCCCCUUUGCUGCUAUAACAGCCCCCACUCUUCUGGGAAAGCUUUCCACUAGAUGUUGGAACAUAGCUGCGGCGACUUGCUUCCAUUCAGCCACAAGACCAUUAGUGAGGUCGGGCACUGAUGUUGGGCGAUUAGGCCUGGCUCACAGUCGGCGUUCCAAUUCAUCCCAAAGGUGUUCGAUGGGGUUGAGGUCAGGGCUCUGUACAGGCCAGUCAAAUUCUUUCACACCAAUCUCGACAAACAAUUUCUGUAUGGACCUCGCUGUUGCUACAAAGUUGGAAGCCCAGAAUCGUCUAUCAUGUAAUUGUAUGCUUUAGCGUUAAGAUUUCCCUUCACUGGAAUUAGGGGCCUAGACUGAACCAUGAAAAACAGCCCCAGACCAUUAUUCCUCCUCCACCAAAAUGUACAGUUUGCACUAUGCAUUGGGGCAGGUAGAGUUCUCCUGGCAUCCACCAAACCGAUUCAUCCGUUGGACUGCCAGAUGGUGAAGCGUGAUUCAUCACUCCAGAGAACGCGUUUCCACUGCUCCAGAGUCCAAUGGCAGCGAGCUUUACACCACUCCAGCCAACGCUUGGCAUUGUGCAUGGUGAUCUUAGGCUUGUGUGCGGCUGCUCGGCCAUGGAAACCCAUUUCAUGAAGCUCCAGAUGAACAGUUCUUGUGCUGUUGUUGCUUCCAGAGGCAGUUUUGAACUCAAUUUUUACGCGCUUCAGCACUCGGCAGUCCCGUUCUGAGCGGUUGUUGCUCCUAGACGUUUCCACUUCACAGUAACAGCACUUACAGCUCUGGCAGAGCAGAAAUUUGAUGAACUGACUUGUUGGAAAGGUGGCAUCCUCUGACAGUGCCACGUUGAAAGUCACUGAGCUCUUCAGUACGUGCCAUUCUACUGCCAAUGUUUGUCUAUGGAGAUUGCAUGGCUGUGUGUUCGAUUUUAUGCACCUGUCAGCAACGGGUGUGGUUGAAAUUGAAGGCGUGUCCACAUACUUUUGUCCAUGUAGUGUAUCAUCACAAACCACUUGAUGUCUCAAUAUACUCAAUUACUGUAUUGUGCAUGUUUUUCUUCAUGGUGAUGGAAAGUCAACAGGUACAAACCUUGAUGACCAGCCUAUGUACAAUACAGUAAUGUAAAUUAAAUGGUUUGUAAGUAUGGUAAAUUAAUACUGCACAAAAAGUGGUUAUUUUCCAUGUUAUUUGAUCAAGAAAAAUAUUUAAUUUGAUGUGGAGGUUUUGUGUAAAUGUUUGAGAACAUGGUUUUGUUCUUUAUGGAUUCCAUUACAAUGACAAUGUGACAGGGCAACAACUCUUACAAUUCCAACUAUUGAAUCCUGCAAGAUACCAUUCUUAAUUAUACAACUACCUUUUUUGUCAAAACAGAGAUGCUGAAAAAAAUGCUUUUUGCCCGCACUGCAGACAUCUAUAUCAGUCCGCUAAUACUAGUAAAGGCCCAGUGCACUACUUUUGUGAAAAUAUAUUUUUUUGUUCCGAUUUUUCAGGGGGUGCUGCCGUACCCUCAGCACCACCACUUCCCGCGGCUAUGGUUGUAUUGCCGUCCGGCACCUAAAAAAUGUGCACUACACCAUGAACGGGAGGAAGAUUUCUGUGUGUGGGGUGGGCUCAAACUGCACCAUUUUGUUUCUUUCACUGUGCCUUCUUCAGGGUUUACCCAAUAAAUUACUGGGAGCUUAUAUACAGUGUGUGACUCUCUUUAUUUUUUUGAGUCUAACGUUACUGUGCACUCAUAAAUGGGUAAAUGUGGGUGGUUGUUUGUAUGUGUGUGUGUACACAUUUUUGCAUGUUUGUGUACAAUUUGAAUGUUUUCACAACAGUUUGUACAUUUGUGUGAAGUCAAUUGUAUCCCUCUACAAUGGGUCCUACGUCCCAUCCAGGCUUAUUUAUACAUUAUUUUAUACUGCAUGUCUUUAUCAUCUCAUCCAUCCAGGCUGUCCUCUCUACUGAGCAGUCUCCCUGCAGAUGUGUCCCGGGACAGGGGGGUGAGCCGAGUUCUGGAGAAACUCAGCCGCUUCGCAGACGAGCGUACCCCCAAGGUGCGACCCCAUGUCUUCCUGAAGAUGCUGGGGGAUCUACAGCCCUGGGAGCUCUGCCUACCUGACCUCAGUGUUGCCAUUGAGGUAUGAACACAUAAAAUAAUAAUGGAUUUAUAGUGAAUUCAUUAUUAUGCUUUAUUUGUAUAAGGAAGUAUAAUGAAGCGCAUUGUUUCUAGGUGGGUCAGUUGGUUUAAACAUGGUGCUUGUUGUGGGUUUGAUUCCUGCUUGGGCCACAUACAGUAUAUAACAUUUUAAAAAGUGGAACAAAUUGUGUGUGUACAAAAUAUUAUUUGAUGACAUGUUUCCUGACUGCAAUGCCUCUGCCUCAGAUAGGGAAUAUCUCAAUUGCAUACUCCUCUCAUCCUCUCUCCUCAUCUCCUUCUCAAAACCCAUUGGAGGAGGAGGUCAGAUGGGCAGGACCUCUGGCUUUCUCAUCAAAUGGGUUUUAAAAAUGAGGCGAGGAGAGAGGAUGCGAGUAUCAGUGGUGGAAAAAGUUGCCAAUUGUCAUACUUGAGUAAAAGUAUAGAUACCUAAAUAGAAAUUUACUCAAGUAAAAGUGAAAGUCACCCAGUAAAAUACUACUUGAGUAAAAGUCUAAAAGUAUUUGGUUCUAAAAAGAAAAAGUAUUAAUCAUUUCAAAUUUCUUAUAUUAAGCAAAGCAGAUUUUAAAAUGUACGGAUAGUCAGGGGUACACUCCAACACAAAUUAUGCAUUUAUGUUUAGUGAGUCUAUCAGAUUAGAGGCAGUAGGGAUGACCACAUGUUCUCUUGAUAAGUGCGUGAAUUUGACAAUUUUCCUGUCCUGCUAAGCAUUCAUCAUGUAACGAGUACUUUUGGGUGUUAGGGAGAAUGUAUGGAGUAAAAAGUUCAUUCUUUUAUUUAGGAAUAUAGUGAAGUAAAAAUAAAAGUUGUCAAAAAUAUACAUAGUAAAGAUACCCAAAAAAACAUCUUAAGGAGUACUUUACACCACUGAGGAGUAUGCAAUUGACAUCUUCCCAUAGAGAGCAGUCAGUGGCCUCCUCCAAAACUGUGUUAAUUCAACUGCCAAUUAAUCUCCAGUGCUUGUCAGAGCAGGCCCAGUCUUCAUUCAAGCUCAAAAGCACCCACCCCCAUGUGAAUGUGCAACCUUCUGAUCCGGGGUCAGACACGCUACUGCUGUGCCACGCAGUCCUUAGAAACUAGACAGGGGGGCAGUUUUCAUUUAAUAGAAUGCACCCCCUUAUCUUUCUCUUGGGAAAGAAAUGGAAGGGAGGCCUAUGUCGUGAGAAACUGACCACCUUGUACCAUCCAGCAUUACCAGAUCCUGGAUAGCUUGAACAGUACCAGACUUGGACUAGGACAAUAGCAUCUUACCUCACAUAUACAUACUCCUUUAUUAACUAUAUAUAUACAUGUAUAUAGUACAACCAUGAAUUCAAUUGCAGUCAUUUUUGUCCAAGAAACAAUUCAUAGAGCAUUGAAUUGUGCCAUUCUUCAGAGCUUGGGCUACCAGACCUCGUGGCGCAACGGUAGCGCGUCUGACUCCAGAUCAGAAGGUUGCGUGUUCAAAUCACGUCGGGGUCAAUAGUUUUGAAGUUGAAGGAAAACUGGGCCUGCGUAGACCUGAGGAUAUAGAUGUCUGAACAAACACGGCUUUGGGGGGGAACACAGAACAAAGGCAUUGUAGUCAGGAAACAUUUUCAUAAUCAGAGGAGGCUGUCCAGGAAAUUAUUACUUUUUAAUAUAUCAAAUGGUCCAUGGUUCAAGUCCCUUUUCAGGCCCCAAAAGUUUAAUUGUAAGUUGCUUUGAAUAAAAGUGUCUGUUGAGUUACCAUACAGUGGGGGAAAAAAGUAUUUAGUCAGCCACCAAUUGUGCAAGUUUUCCCACUUAAAAAGAUGAGAGAGGCCUGUAAUUUUCAUCAUAGGUACACGUCAACUAAAUUGACAAAAUGAGGAAAAAAAUUCCAGAAAAUCACAUUGUAGGAUUUUUUAUGAAUUUAUUUGCAAAUGAUGGUGGAAAAUAAGUAUUUGGUCACCUACAAACAAACAAGAUUUCUGGCUCUCACAGACCUGUAACUUCUUCUUUAAGAGGCUCCUCUGUCCUCCACUCGUUACCUGUAUUGAUGGCACCUGUUUGAACUUGUUAUCAGUAUAAAAGACACCUGUCCACAACCUCAAACAGUCACACUCCAAACUCCACUAUGGCCAAGACCAAAGAGCUGUCAAAGGACACCAGAAACAAAAUUGUAGACCUGCACCAGGCUGGGAAGACUGAAUCUGCAAUAGGUAAGCAGCUUGGUUUGAGAAAUCAACUGUGGGAGCAAUUGUUAGGAAUUGGAAGACAUACAAGACCACUGAUAAUCUCCCUUUGGGAGGGUCAAAAUGAUCACAAGAACGGUGAGCAAAAAUCCCAGAACCACACGGGGGGACCUAGUGAAUGACCUGCAGAGAGCUGGGACCAAAGUAACAAAGCCUACCAUCAGUAACACACUACGCCGCCAGGUACUCAAAUCCUGCAGUGCCAGACGUGUCCCCCUGCUUAAGCCAGUACAUGUCCAGGCCCGUCUGAAGUUUGCUAGAGUGCAUUUGGAUGAUCCAGAAGAGGAUUGGGAGAAUGUCAUAUGGUCAGAUGAAACCAAAAUAUAACUUUUUGGUAAAAACUCAACUCGUCGUGUUUGGAGGACAAAGAAUGCUGAGUUGCAUCCAAAGAACACCAUACCUACUGUGAAGCAUGGGGGUGGAAACAUCAUGCUUUGGGGCUGUUUUUCUGCAAAGGGACCAGGACGACUGAUCCGUGUAAAGGAAAGAAUGAAUGGGGCCAUGUAUCGUGAGAUUUUGAGUGAAAACCUCCUUCCAUCAGCAAGGGCAUUGAAGAUGAAACGUGGCUGGGUCUUUCAGCAUGACAAUGAUCCCAAACACACCGCCCGGGCAACGAAGGAGUGGCUUCGUAAGAAGCAUUUCAAGGUCCUGGAGUGGCCUAGCCAGUCUCCAGAUCUCAACCCCAUAGAAAAUCUUUGGAGGGAGUUGAAAGUCUGUGUUGCCCAGCGACAGCCCCAAAACAUCACUGCUCUAGAGGAGAUCUGCAUGGAGGAAUGGGCCAAAAUACCAGCAACAGUGUGUGAAAACCUUGUGAAGACUUACAGAAAACGUUUGACCUGUGUCAUUGCCAACAAAGGGUAUAUAACAAAGUAUUGAGAAACUUUUGUUAUUGACCAAAUACUUAUUUUCCACCAUAAUUUGCAAAUAAAUUCAUUAAAAAUCCUACAAUGUGAUUUUCUGGAUUUUUUUUCUCAUUUUGUCUGUCAUAGUUGACGUGUACCUAUGAUGAAAAUUACAGGCCUCUCUCAUCUUUUUAAGUGGGAGAACUUGCACAAUUGGUGGCUGACUAAAUACUUUUUUCCCCCACUGUAUUACAUUUGAUUGUCUAUAUAGAGCUUUUACAUUUUUUAAAAGUGUUUUACAUUGUAAGGCAAGAAUUCACCUCAUCCACCACAGUUAUUCAGCACCCACCUGGGUGAUGCACAGCAGCUGGGCAGACACAUUGUAGGACACUAGACCAGGGUUCCCCAACUGGAGGCCCGCGGGUGGUUUUAUACAAAUGUAAGCAAGGUUUGAAAUUAUUAUGUUUUAGUCAAAUAUUAUAUCUGUUUGGGCUUCUUGCGGUCAAUUUGCAGUCUAGAAAUUAUUUGUAAUUAUGUUCCGGUCCCCCGACCAUCUGCUUAAGAAAAAAUCGGCCUGCAGCUGAAUCUGCACUAGACAGUACAUCCCUCUCCACCCCACCAUCCAACCCAACAUGUUGAGACUAAUGAUUAGGUACAGACUGCUACCCCUCCACACGCACGCACACACACACACACACACACACACACACACACACACACACACACACAACCUGGCCAUGGAUGAUGAUGACAGCCUUAGAACAGAAUAAGAUAAUAACAGGAAUUCAGAGUGAUAAAUACAUGGCAAGUAAAACAAAAACACUAUAGUAAAUACUACAGUAAUGACCCCAAAAACACUACAGUAAAUACUACAGUAAUGACCCCAAAAACACUACAGUAAAUACUACAGUAGUGACCCCAAAAACACUACAGUAAAUACUACAGUAGUGACCCCAAAAACACUACAGUAAAUACUACAGUAAUGACCCCAAAAACACUACAGUAAAUACUACAGUAAUGACCCCAAAAACACUACAGUAAAUACUACAGUAAUGACCCCAAAAACACUACAGUAAAUACUACAGUAUACUAGUCAGCAAAAACGUUACAGUAAAUACUACAAGCCGCAUAAAAACUACAAUAAUUACUAUAGUAUAUAUUACAGUUUUAUUUUACUACAUUAUUUAUACUAUAGUUAACUGUAAAUACUACAGUAUUCACUGUAGUGUUUUUGCAGACUUAAGUGCGCAAAAAAACUCCAGUGAAGGCCGCGAAAACAAUACAGUGAAUACUAUAGUAUUUACAGUAUAUCAUAGUAUAAUAUAGUAUUCUUUCAUGUGGGCAUAGGAUAACCCUUUUUGGUUCCAGGUAGAACCCUUUUUGGUUCCAGGUAUAACCCUUUUGGGUUCCAUGUAGAACCCUCUGUGGAAAGGCUUCUACAUGUAACCCAAAAGGUUCUACCUGGAACCAAAAGGGUUAUUCAAAGGGGACAGACAAAUAACCGUUUUAGAUUCUAGAUAGCGCCUUUUAUUCUAAGUGUGUAGUAUGCUUUGGAACUGUGCGUGGUAACUCUCUCUCUCUCCCUCCCUCCCUCCCUCCCUCUCUCUCUCGCUCUCUCUCUCUCUCUCUCUCUCUCUCUCUCUCUCUCUCUCUCUUCAGAUAGCCAGGGAGCAUGUUGUCCAGAUGUCCAGAGAGGACUAUGACUCAUGGCUCCUCUCCAGGGUCACUCAGCCACAGCAGCAGGACCAC